CCACAUAAAAACCACGCUGCAUUAUUUCUUUCCUAAAAUAACCACAUGUUUUUGAAAUAGUAUUCUUCUUUCCGAGUAACCGAGGAGCAAUAUUCUUGUAAGAACACUCCUAUUAAACCCCCCACAAUAAGUGUUACUUCAUGUUCCAAACAUUCUCUCUACUUCUCUUAAACAAAAACUAAAGAUACACAAUGUAUAGCCACCACCACCACCAAGCCUCACUCAUCUCUAUAUCUCUUUUCCUCCUACUCCUUUCCUCCACGCUUUCUGCCGAGCUAUGCCACCCACAAGACAAAAAAACCCUCUUCAAUAUCAAGAAAGCCUUCAACAACGCCUACAUUUUCGCCUCAUGGACUCAUAACACCGACUGUUGCGAAUGGUACUUAGUCGAAUGCGACGAAACCACCCACCGCAUCACCUCCCUUAUCGUCUCGAAAGACGAUAAGGUUGCGGGAUCUAUCCCAGACGCUGUGGGUGACCUCCCUUACCUUGAAUCACUCACUUUCCAUAAGCUCCCUAAGCUAACCGGUCAUAUCCCUCAAGCCAUUUCCAAACUUAAAAACCUUAAAUCUCUUACACUUAGCCACAACAACCUCACGGGUAGUGUCCCAGACUUUCUUAGCCAGCUUACUAAAUUAACCUACAUAAACUUUGCUGUUAACAAACUCACGGGUCCAAUCCCACCCUCAUUAUCCUCACUUAAAGAACUCGGUGGGAUCUUCUUGGAGCGUAACCAACUCACUGGACACAUCCCUGAGAGCUUUGGAAAGUUUAAGCAAGAUGAUUUCUACCUUCACCUAGCUAAGAACAAACUUUCGGGACCCCUUCCGAAAUCUUUCGGAGCUCCUAACUUCGCGUCUUUAGACCUUUCGAGGAAUUCGUUUACUGGUGAUGCUUCAAUGUUGUUUGGGGAAAACAAUGAUCACUUGCAAACUAUCAACCUUUCGAGGAAUAAGUUUUCAUUUGACCUUUCGAAAGUCGUGUUUACGAGGAGCUUGUUUCAUCUUGAGUUGAGCCAUAAUAUGAUUUAUGGGAGUCUGCCUCCGGUGUUGGCGAAGUUGCCAAAUCUACAGCAGUUCAAUGUGAGUUAUAAUCGAUUGUGUGGCAGGAUUCCUAGAGGAGGGGAAUUGAAUCGUUAUAAUAAGUACGAUUAUGCUCAUAAUAAGUGUUUAUGUGACUCUCCCUUGCCUCCUUGCAAGUAAUCGCGCACUGCAUGAGUGCGUACUAUGUCAGUCCUCAUAGUAUGAAACUGUGAGGUGGUUGUUUAUCGUUUUCCUAAUUUGAAAUUUGAAGUGUCGCUUUAAGGUCUGGAUUCUGCUUUCUAUUUCUUGUCAUCACUCUAUGAAUAAUUUCAGAACUUAUUGCUCCAUCGAGUACUAGCGACAGUGUGGUUUGUGCAAUUGCUAUAUGUUUGUAUGAAUAAGACAAAUUAUAUCUUGUGAGAGUGUUGAUUCA